UUCAUCUCUGCCACAGCCACUUCCUUCCCCCAAGUUAGAAGGAGAUCGAAAAUUCUGAAACCUAACUGCGAUCGUCUCUGAGAAUUCUAGGGCUGACGUGGCACUGUGAUCUGAGAGGAUGGCGACGUUCGCUGAUGCACCGGCGGGUAAUGCUGCCGCGGGAGAGAAGAUCUUCAGGACCAAGUGCGCCCAGUGCCACACUGUCGAUAAAGGAGCUGGUCACAAGCAAGGACCUAAUUUGAAUGGUCUUUUUGGGAGGCAGUCUGGCACAACUGCUGGGUACUCCUAUUCUGCUGCUAACAAGAACAUGGCUGUGGCUUGGGGAGAGAAUACAUUGUAUGAUUACUUGCUUAACCCAAAGAAGGUACAAGCUUUUGUUUCACCUUGGAAAUUAUUAAUUCUGCAAUUUUAUCUGCACGAUAAGUUACAGAAAACCAGAGUUUGUGCUACUAUCAGGAUGGAUACCUCUGCAUUUAACAGUUCUAAAUGUAAAAACUAAAGGAUCAAGUAGAAGUCUCACUCCCUCUUCACUCUUCUAGAAGUAGUUGUUCCCUCUUCAUGAUCCCUUUAAUUUCUUUACAAAUCAUUGUACCUGCCUCCCUCAAACUCCCUUUGUGUGUCUCUGUUCCAGCGUAGUGCCUUUUGAGAUGUCCCCUGGGAUUGCUGGCAUCAUAUGCAGUGUGAAGUGGAUUGUUCUCUCUUUCUCAUUAGUCUGGAAGUUUUUUUUCAUUUUUGUUUCAUUUUAUAUAUUUACACCAUAUGGUGUUUAAAC